AUGGACGUAUAUAAUAAUAGCAGCAUUAAAAAAAAUUAUAUUCAUAUGAAACAAGCUAUACUUUUUGCGCCCAAAAAAAGUGGAACAAAUAUAAAUAAUGAAAAAAAGGAUAUUGAAAAUAAGGUGAUACAAAAUGUAAAUGAUGAUGAUAUUUUAAACAGUAAUAUAAAUAGUCAUACGAAUUGGUAUGAUGAUGAUAAUAAUAUGCGAAAAAAUGAUAAUUUUAUUACAAGUACAUUAAAAAAAGGAAAAGAUACUAUCCUUACAUUUAAUAGCAAAUCACCAAGAAUGAGUAAUAAUAAUCUAGGUAGCAAUAAUGACAAUAUUGGGAAUAAUAAUAAUAAACAUAUUAGUAUUGUAAAUUCAAAUUGUAUGACUAAUCCCAUGAAUAAUGAUUAUAAUUCUGUCCAAAUAAAAAACAAUAAUUCAGAUAUUUAUGAUAUAAAUCGCUUAAGUAAUAGAGCGGUAAAUGACAUAUAUAAUGGUGUAUCAAACAGAGGAUUACUUGAUGGGCUAAGUUAUGGAUUAGUAAAUAAGAGCAACAGUAACCAAACAAGAAGCAGUACAUGUGCUAGCGAAUCCUGUAAUAAUAAUAUUACCAGUGUUAAUAAUGUUAGCAAUAGUAUAACCAAUAUUGUUAAUAAAUCCUUGGUGGGUGACCAUCGUAUAAGUGUAGAGGGAAACGAAAAUGGGCUUGUCCCUAAUAAUAAUUUAAGCCAAUCAGGUAUAAUUAAUAUGAAUUUUUUUCCAAAAAAUGGAACGAUAAAUAAUAAUAUAAGUGGUCAUAUAAAUAGUGAAAGCAAUUUAGAAUAUUUGGGUAUUCCUUCGAAAUAUUAUGGAGAAGAAAAAAAAAAAGACAUAGUUUAUUUAUUUCAAGAAUUACUAAGUUAUUGUGAGUGUUUAAAAAGAAGCCGAAAAAAAAGUACUGAAGAAAUAAACAAAAUUCGAAUUAGUUAUAACAAAGUUUCAGAAUUAUUAAAAGAGACUUUAAAAAGGGAAAAGAAUAGUCAUAUAAAAAUCGAAGAAUUAAGAAAUAUUAUAAAUACUUAUGAUGAAAAAUUUAAUAGAGUUAAAAACUGUUCAGAGGGAACAAUAACUAAUUUAAAUAAGAAUGUUCAAACAUUAGUAGACUUAAACAAUGAUUUAGAAAUGGAAAUGAAUAAAGUGAUUAAUGAAAAUCAGCAAUUACGAAAAAUUGCACAAAAUGAAUUUGAACUUAAUAAAGAAAUAAAUGAUUUGAGAAAACAGGUUGAAGUAUUAAAUAAUGAAAAUAUAUCAUUAGUUAAUCAAAUUGAUAUAUUAAGAUUAGAAAAUUCGAAAAUUGAAAAUGAAAAAAAUGUUUUAUUAAGUGAUAAAACAUUAUUACAUUGUAAAAUUGAUGAAUUGGAAAAUGGACUAAAAAAUAGGACUAGCAUUUUUAGUCAAUCCAACAUAACUAGCCAAGAAAAUAAUCCAUUUAUAAUUAAUUCUGAUGAAGAAAUAAAUGAGCAGGUUGAUAACUAUUUGAAUUUAAAUCAUGAUCAACGAACAGAACUUUUUAAAAACUUUUUAUACCAUUGGAGAGAGACAAAUAAAGCUGGACAAAAGUUUUAUGAGCAAGCGUUUUCCAUGAAUCAGUGA